AUGUCACCGUCCUACGCUGACCUUGCAACAGAUAUGUGGCACACAAUGAAAUGGUACUAUGGUCCAGAUGCAUGGCGUGGUUACGUCUUUCCAGAUUCGUUUAUUGACGAAUUCACUCAACACUAUUACUUUCCCCUACAAGAUAUCACUUAUAUAGUUUAUGCUGCAAUCUUUCUCACAUUCAUUCGUUCCGUAUUCGAACGAACUACGCUCAAACCUUUGGCGAACUAUUUGAAUUUAACUACCGAAAACAACCAAAAGUUCCCCGAAACAGCAUGGAAGUUUCUUAUGAGCGCAUGUGCAUGGUUUUACUGUACUUAUCUACUCUAUUAUCGUUACAAUUACUACCAAGAACCUUAUCUCAUCUGGGAUGACUGGUCUUCGGGUAUGAAAGUUCCAUUUGAUAUCAAACUAAUGUAUUUCGGUCGAUGUGCCUACGCCCUCCAUUCUCUUUAUGCCAUAUUCUAUAAAGAAACUAAACGUAAAGACUUCUAUGCCAUAUUCAUUCAUCACAUAUUGACCAUGACACUCAUUCUCGUAUCGUACGCCAUUCGAUAUCAUAAAGUUGGCUUAAUUGUUCUCUUUGUACACGACAUCAGCGAUGUUUUGCUCGAACUUACAAAACUCUUACACUAUAUGAGUGUCCGACAAGGUGGCGAAAAAUAUCCUCAAUAUGAAAAUGCUGCCAACGGUAGUUUUAUUAUAUUCACGCUAAGCUGGUUUGUGUUUCGUCUUUAUUUGUAUCCGUUGAAAGUUUUGUAUUCAACCGGAGUUGUUUUUCCUUAUCGAACUCAUGAUAAAGGCUGCAAUUUAUAUGGUUUUUUUAAUGUACAAUUGUGGAUAUUACUUGUUCUAAAUGUCUAUUGGGUCCUGUUUCUUCUACAAUUUCUCUACAAAAUUAGCACUGGUGCUUUACUGAAAACAAAUCCUGAUUUUUAUUUUCGCCAUGUAUGCAUUUGUUCGCAAGUCCAAUACGCAGAUGACUCGCAUCAUUCUAUUCUACUAUCAAAAUCCUGCUAUUUUCAUCAUGAUGAUGGAUGCUGA